CGAGCAACUUGGGUCCUGCAGGCAAAACAGCACGACCACACUGCCACAAAACGCUGACCAACACAGCGCGAGCCACCUGACCAGGAAGUGCUUCCGUCAUCUACACAGGAAGUUGAAAUAUCAGCUGAUUUUGGUGUUUUUAAUGGAAGUUGCUGCUGUAUGAGAGUGUUUUUCCACUCUUUUCUCAUAAAACGCGACAGAGACACAAUAAACAAAUAAGGAAAUCUGUGGUUGCCCAUAGCCACGUACGACUAUCGUUUGAGAACGACGUUAAAUUAAGCAUUGAACAGCUAGCUUGCUGGCUUAUUUACUGAAUACGGAAAGAAAGAAAACAGUCGGAUGUUGCUAGCCAGACAUUGUAACGUUAGCUAUUUAUAUUGUGCCAGAUCAAACUGCAGUAUUUGUAUGGAACUAAGAAAAAUAACACCUGUUUAUUUAUUGAAGAAGAACGACUGAACGUAAAUUUAUUCGUUUUAUGUAAUCCUGGAAACCGGUGUAACGCUAGUCUUCAGUAGUUAGAUCACGACGUACGUUUUCCUAACGUUAGCUAGUGCUGCCAGUACGCGAUUUGAUAAAGAAACUGUCGGUACAAGCGAGUGACAUCGAAGUAGAGACAAAGCUGUAGCUGUGUAUACGUAUUUGUAACGGAAUUUGCGUACUGAGUUGUAUUAUACAUUGUAAUAAUAUCCGUUCAUGUAAUUUAUGGCGAAUUGUUUAGGAUUUUAGCUUGUGUUUUAUUUUCGAGUGAAUUGUGUGUUUUAGCUCUGGCCGCCAAGUUCAGCUAAUGGAAUGGUAGCUGGCUGGCUACGUGUAAUUUAUUUAUUGUACUGAGUUGAAAAGCAACAGGGACAGCACAUCAUUAACAACUAACCCGGUUGGUUUACGUUAGCUGGAUCGAAAUAUUUUGUGUUUUUAUCAAAGUCGUGUAGCUAUUCUCAAGUGAUUUUAAGUAUUAUUGUGUAACUAGCUAACUAACUGUUGCAUUGUUAACUUAACGUGGUCACAAGCUGUGUAGCCUAGAUAAUUGAUAACGACCCAGAAAGAUUAGUCAGUAUUGACAAAUAGAAAAUAAUUUUCUGGCACUGUCAGAAGACCGAACCGAACAUCCAAAGCCCUCCUCGCCAAUGCUGGAUCUGGAGGUAGUUCCUGAGAGAUCUUUGGGAAAUGAACAAUGGGAAUUCGCAUUAGGGAUGCCAUUGGCCCAGGCCAUCUCCAUUCUGCAGAAACACUGCCGCAUCAUCAAGAAUGUCCAGGUUCUCUACAGUGAACAGACCCCCCUCAGCCAUGACCUCAUUCUCAGCCUGACUCAGGAUGGCAUUAAACUGCUGUUUGAUGCUUGCAACCAGAGACUGAAGGUAAUCGAAGUGUAUGACUUGAGCAAAGUGAAAUUGAAAUACUGUGGCGUGCAUUUCAACUCUCAGGCCAUAGCCCCUACCAUAGAACAGAUUGACCAGUCUUUUGGAGCCACGCACCCUGGAGUUUACAAUGCAGCAGAGCAGCUUUUCCACCUGAACUUCCGAGGGCUGUCCUUCUCCUUCCAGCUGGACUCCUGGAGCGAAGCCCCCAAGUAUGAGAUCCCCCACGGAGCGACAGUCAAGCGCAUGUACAUUUACACGGGGAACAGCCUGCAGGACACCAAGGCCCCUGUGAUGCCGCUGGCCUGUUUCCUUGGCAACGUGUACGCCGAAUGUGUGGAUGUGUUGCGGGAUGGGGCGGGGCCACUUGGACUGAGACUCCGCCUCCUCACUGCAGGGUGCGGUCCCGGGGUAAUGGCCGACGCGAAGGUGCGGGCGCUUGAGCGGCACAUCUACUUUGGAGACUCCUGUCAGGACGUCCUGAGCGCCCUCGGAUCGCCCCACAAAGUCUUCUACAAGUCGGAGGACAAGAUGAAGAUCCACUCCCCCUCGCCUCAUAAACAGGUCCCGUCCAAAUGCAACGACUACUUCUUCAACUACUUCACCCUGGGUGUGGACAUAUUGUUUGAUGCCACUACCCACCUGGUGAAGAAGUUUGUCCUGCACACCAACUAUCCCGGUCAUUACAAUUUCAACAUAUACCAUCGGUGUGAUUUCAAGAUCCCUCUCGUCAUUAAGAAGGGUGGCGAUGUUCAGGGAGGGGACUGUAUUCUGACAUCUUACAGCAAGUGGGAUCAGAUUCAGGAGCUGCUGGGUCAUCCUGUGGAGAAGCCAGUUGUGCUUCACAGGUCCUCCUCCGCUAAUAACACAAAUCCCUUUGGCUCCACUUUCUGCUUUGGGCUUCAGAGGAUGAUUUUCGAGGUGAUGCAGAACAACCACAUCGCGUCCGUCACCCUGUACGGCGUCCCCCGACCCAGCGGCCCCGCCCAGGCCGAGCCCUCCUCCCACUGAGCCACCGCGUCCAACCGCCGUCCUUCACCCGCCUGGCCCCGCCCCGUCUGGCCCCGCCCCGCCCCGCCCCGUCUGGCCCCGCCCCGCCCCGCCCCGCCCCGACACUACAGAGUUCCAGCAGUAACGCUGCAGCGCUGCACCGGAGGAUCCUGGGAGAUAUUCCAGUCCGUGAAGGCGGCUCCAUGGGCGUUCACGGGGAGCCGUGAGGAAAUCUUUACCCCCCCCAGGGUCUUUUCCCUCAAACCCCUCCCGUCCAUUUCUGCAGCAGCACACACACACACACACGCACGCACACACAGACGCUCACACACCUGUUUGUAUGCAGCUGUACACACUGGCUAGAACACGGGUGCUUUAUUCAUAUUUACACGAGCAUGAAGACACAUGCUACCCUUACCCCCCCCCCCCCCGCGCAGUGUCUGAGCGUUCUACAACAUAAUGUAUCUGCACGCCUCACACAGGACUGCCCACCGGCUAGCCAUCCGUGCGCUUGCAUUAGCACGCACACACACACACACACACAUACACACACAUACACACACACACACACACACACAGUACACACACAGUACACACACAGUACAUGCACGCAUGCAUGCUGAAGGUUUUACUCGGUUUUCUCGAGAAGAGUGGUGAUUAAAGCACAAGAUUGCUGCACAGGCCACAUUAUAAUUGACAGAGUGUGGCUCUGUCCCCCAAACAUACACGCAGGUAAACACACGUGACCAUGCACAUACUCAAAAAACACAGAUAGGCACACAGAUACACAUGCACUCAACAUGUGAGCGCACACAUACACACACACACACACACACACACACACACACACACCAGGGUGCAGAGUCACACAGCACUUUCCAUUGUAAGGCUGUGCAGCACUUGCUUAUUAACUGUAGCAUGGUUUAUUUUUCUUUUUCUUUUUUUAAAGGAAAGAUUAAAAUGAUUGGUUUUAACAUUUGCACUAAAAUACACCUUAUUUACUUGACAGUUGUCUUGCGUUCACUGAGAGGAGUAUGUGUACUGUUCCUGUGGGAGAAGAGAUCUGCAACACUUCUACCAUCAACACACACCUCCUAAAAACUGCUUUCUGUCUCCCUCUCACGCUCCUCUCCGUCUUUCACCCCUUCCCCCCUCCUAGUCACCACACCUUCAAUCCGCCGUCUCCAUUUCCGCUCUUGAUUUUUUUUGUUUUGUUUUGUUUUGUUCAGUACAUUUUAAUGCCAAAAUUUCAGCCAAAGAGCCAUAGUUUUCACCAAUCUCAUUUCUCCUGACUAUUUCAAGUAUUAUUAUUAUUUUCAAGUCAUCCACUUGACUGGAGAUACCAUUGACAUUCCUUGGCUUUUUGUUUGGUCUAUAUGACUCAUCUUUUCUAUCAUCCCUUGCUCUCCCCCCACAAGGAAUAAUGAUAAUCUUAACUCUGUUAAUCUCUCUUAUACAUUUUAAAUGAUAUUCUUAUUGUGACGUCAUGCUUUUAAGGAAAAUUAUGAAAGAAAGCUUUUGACUUGAUCCGUUUUUACAUUACAUGAUCUGCUGCGUUUCGCAGCAGGUUGGUCUGGAGCUGUGCCCCAGCUGCUGCUGGGGUUUCUCAGAGUGUGUACAGAUUCUUUUGUAAAUACAGCAUUGUUUUUUCCCUUUUAUUUCUUUGUCAUUAUAAAACCGCUGUAUAAUGUAAGCCUGUUUAAUCGCCUCACCUGACCUGUAGAAAACUCUCGGAAAGGGUGGUCUGUCUGAACUCUGGGGGGUAGUCUCUCAAAGGAGGGCCACAACACAGUGGGUCUGUGGUGAUACUGAGGGCCACAAUACAGUGGGUCUGUGGUGAUACUGAGGGCCACAAUACAGUGGGUCUGUGGUGAUACUUAGGGCCACAACCUGGUGCGUCGAAGGUGACUUUUAGAUGAGGGCAGAUUAACCAUCUCCUGGGCUCUUAAGCGCAGUUCAGACCACAGAUUUGCGGCGUGAUGACCUGCAACCGGUGACGUUUUAAAACUGGUCACCCGCGAUUAGACUGGUUGAAACUGGUCACCCGCAAUUAGACUGGUCUAAUUACCUCCAUCGGCAACAGCCAGCAACAGACGUUCUGAGACCGGUAGCUCACACCACUACAACUCCCUGCAAUAUUCUUAAAACUAUUUCGGAGUGACGCGAAUCUGUUGUCUGAACCGGGAUUUAGGUUUAAGCUUUAAAAGCUUUGGCUGUGACUUAUCGAUGGCCCAAGGGUAGCGGAAUGAACGAAUGCCUGCAGGUCAAUGUGUUCCAGCAUUCCAGGGCCACGGUUUAUCCUCCCCGAGAUCCCUGUGGCCCCUCCUCCCCCCAGGCCCACGCUGCGGAGCAGGAGGCUGACGUGGUCAGGUUGAGAGGAAACCCUGACGGAGGUCACCCGGUUGUCUUCCUGUGCCUGGCCCUCUGCUGGUCAGCCUCAGUCAGCCCUCCAUCUUGCUUCGGCUUUGCAGUUUGUGAAUAUUAUGGGCUUACCUGGACGUCUCCGCUCGCUGUUACAUUUUUAUCGUUUUUAUGGGUGUAAUGGAAGCCUGUGCCGUUGUUUCUUUCGUCGUAUCGGUUGCUUGCUGCAAGUAUAAAAAAUAAUAAUAAAAAGGAAAAAAAAAAUAACUUUGUGCCUCCCGCCGAACCAGCUUUGGAAACCCCAGCGUGUGACGGUCAGUGCCCACUGAUUCUCACACACUGCCCUCUCCGAAAAGAGACCCUCAUAACAGGACUGAACCAGCCACACCCGCCAUUUUAUCCUCCGUGACACAAUACCGGGAAUCUGAGGCCGGCCACCGUGGUACCGAUCCAAACUGUGCUGACAUGCAGCUUUCUCACGGACUGGUGUAACACUGCAGCAGCAUCAAUGUUAGAGCACUGCUCCUUUCCUGGGUGCACAUGGCCCUUUCCCAAAGCAGUCUGUGUCUAUAUAGUAAUGAAGUGUCCGAAUAAACAAAUGACUAGUCAUGCAGACUUUAUUUUUCUUUUUAAAGGAAGCUAGAAGCAAAAGAAUGCUUAAUUUUUUGAUCAGGUCAGUUUGUGGCUGUUUUUUUUUUUGUUGUUUUUUUUCCUCUGGAUUUGGCUGUCUUGCAUUGGAAUGAGAGUUGUCCUCAAGAUUGUAAUUUGAAAUGGGCAACUUAAAUUUGUAUAGUCCAGAGUAAUGUUCUUAUUGAUGCUAUGUAUUAUCUCUGUAUUGUAUGCAUUCCCCAUCCCCCCUAACCUCCCUCUCCCAACAAAAAACAUGUAAAAAAUAUAAUUUUGUGGGUUCAGUACAUUUUACCCAUUUCUGGAAAUGGGCUGAUCCUUGAUUAAAAAUUGUCAAUCAAA